AAUGCGUAAGCGGUCGCAUCGGGUCAGUCUUAUUUAGUAUCUUAUUGCUGCAGAAUUACUUAAAUAUAGUAUCUUUAUUUUAAUCAAACAAAAUGAAUGAAAAUAUUAAGUGGAGUUUUUGGUUAAUUUUAUUAAUUAUUUUGAUUCACGAUUUUAAUUGCGACGAAGAUAUUAAACAAAAAAAGGCAAAUUUAGUAAAAAAACAUCUUAAGAGGCUUAAAAAAGAGGAAGGUGGGAUUAAAUUAGUUGGAGGUCGAGAUGAAUACGAAGGAAACGUGGAGGUUCUACACAAUGGGCAAUGGGGGUCGAUUUGUGACGAUGAAUGGGAUUCGGCUGAAGCAAACGUUGUUUGUAAACAGUUAGGUUAUGAAAAUGGAACUGGAAAACCAACUUAUAGCUCGCAUUUUGGUCCAGCAAGAAGAAGAUAUUGGAUGGAUAAUAUUUAUUGUGAUGGCACUGAAGACGAAAUCACGAAAUGUCGAUUUGAUGGUUGGGGAAAUAACGAUUGUGAUUACACGGAAGCUGCAGGAGUUAUUUGUACAUCACCCGAUCCCGAAGUUAAAUCAAAAAAACUGGAAGAAAAAAUAUUUUCAAAAAUGCCAUCGAAACUAUCUGUUAGACUUCAAGGUGGUCGUAUCGAAACUGAAGGAAGAGUAGAGCUUAAAUCGAAAAUGGGUUGGUCAACAAUUUGCGGUGAUGGAUGGUCUCUCCUCGAAGCGACGAUAGUUUGUAAAACCCUCUCGUUAGGUUACGCAAACGAUGCUAUGCAAACAACUUAUUUCGGUGGCGACAUCACAAAUACAACUUUUUACGGAAUAAAAUGUAUAGGAAACGAAAACACUUUAAGCGAAUGCAAAUAUGAACAUUUAAAAACGGGGGAAUGUAACAGUUUAGAUGUUGCUACCGUUCAAUGUACAGAAUCGAUGGCAGAUUUAGUUAUAGACCACACAGAAUUAAUUAGAACGGCUCAUUUAGAAGAUAAACAAAUGUUUUACCUACAAUGUGCGAUGGAAGAAAAUUGUUUAGCAUCUCAAGCAUACGUUAUUCAAAAAGAAAAUCCUAAUUGGCAUUUAGAAACGAGAAGAUUAUUGAGAUUUACCGCUAGCAUCAUAAAUAUUGGUACUGCGGAUUUCAGACCGUUUAUUCCAAAGCAUUUGUGGGAAUGGCACAUGUGCCAUAUGCAUUAUCAUAGCAUGGAAGUAUUUGCCACAUUCGAUAUCUAUAACUCUGAAGGACGAAGAGUCGCUGAGGGCCAUAAAGCGUCGUUUUGUUUAGAGGAUAACAAAUGUUUACCGGGAGUUACACCUAAAUACGCUUGUGCGAAUUAUGGGGAACAAGGUAUCUCUGUAAAUUGUACUGACAUUUAUAAGUAUACAGUUGAUUGCCAAUGGGUGGAUAUAAGCGAGUUAGAACCUGGGCAAUAUACGUUGAAAGUGGCCGUAAAUCCUGAAUUUAAGGUCCCAGAGAUUACAUAUGAGAAUAACGCAGCCGUUUGUGAGUUUUAUUACACACAUACGCAAGGAGUAAUAAGAAAUUGUAGAAUAACACGACCUUGAUUCUUAAAAAUAAUAAAUAUCAAAUUUACUUAAUUAAUUUAGAAUUAACCGCAAACUGUAUUUUCGAAUUUAAUAAAUCGCUUUUCAUAAAAUUACCUAAAUACUAGUUGUAAAUCUUAUUUUGGUUUGUAUACAAAGCUGCUUUAAAGCUGUAACUUAAAUUCGAGUCGAGUUCGGAACUGAAUAGAACCCGCCGCUUGUUAAGUUAAGUUGUGAUUGCCUCGAUGGGAGUUAAUUAGAAACUCGGUUUUGUUUCGGAAAAGCUUCGUAUAGCCCUUUACUAAUUUGUCUAAAAGUUGUAUGUUCACAUUAUAAAAUCAACAAUAACGAGGUUUGUAUACAGAAGGAAGUAAAACAAAAACACUUCAGCGUAGCAACAGUGUUUGUCAAUAAACCGGUAUUUACAAAACCAA